AGAGAGAGAGAGAGAGAGAGACUCCAGUCGGCUCUCUUGGGAAAUAACAUCCAAUCUACCGGCUACCACCUGAUUAAAUCGUAUUCUUUUGGAAUAUCGGUCCGUAUUGCUCAGUAAAGGAUACUUUCUUAACGAAAAAAAACUUUUGCAGCAUCCUCUCCUCCCGGCACGAGUACUGGCCUAACUCGCCUUUUUAUGUGCCAGAUUAAAAUGGUAAUAAUAAGGCAGCUAACGUCUCCCUGCGCUCAUUCAUAACUUGUGACAAGUCGUCUUGUGGCUCGGAUGUGCGACACAGAGGAGGGCAGAUCAGGCACGCGGACACGGUGUCCCUUCAAGAGAGAGAAAAGCUGAACAGGAUCGAGCUGCGGGCGGAAUACAAAUUCUACUUGUGAAAGAAGAAAACGUCCGACAAGAAGAAUGAGACAAGCUGCCGGUGUGGAGCCUUAAAACCGAAGAAGAUUUAAGUGUUCUUUGUCGGAAGAGGAUUCCGAGAAAUCCAGUGUUGUGUGUGUGAUCUGCGACUACAAACGGAGGGAUGACAGUCAAACUGGACUUUGAGGAGUGUUUAAAAGACUCCCCGCGCUUCAGAGCUGAAAUCGAAGUGGUACAAAACGAUGUGUGUGAACUCGAGACACGAUUAGAAAAGCUUGUGAAACAAUGCCAGGCCAUGCUGGAGGCAGGCCGAGUCUACUGCCAGACCAGCAAGAGCUUCGUCAACGGCCUCCGGGAUCUGGGACAGCACUGCUCCGGGGACAAGACAAUGGAGGAGUGUUUGGACAAGUUUUCCAAAAAGCUGUCUAUUGUCUUGGAGGCACAGGGGGAAGUGAUUGAAACCACACAGAAGUCAGUCAAGACGAAGCUGCAGAACUUUGUCAAAGAGGAUGUGCGUCGGUUCAAGGACGUGCGCAGGGGGUUUGAGCGUGGCAGUGAAUGCCUGGAGGGGGCGCUGGUGAGGAACGCUCAGGCCCCACGGGGGAAACAACACGAAGUGGAGGAGGCAAGCAAUGCUCUGCUAAACGCACGCAAGACCUUUCGGUCUGAGGCCCUGGAUUACGUCCUGGAGAUUAAUGUCAUUGAAGCCAAGAAGAAGACAGACAUUCUGAUGGCAAUGUUGUCACUGAUGGAGGCCCAGGCUCAGCUCUUCCAACAUGGCCACCAGUCUUUCUCAGAACUGGAGGAAUAUCGACAGAAACUGAAUGAAGAGCACACUCAGUUUGUCCUAAACUCUGCCCGGGAGAAGAGGGACAUGGAGCAAAGACAUGCUGCAAUUAAGAAAAAGGACGUGUCCUAUGAUGACUCCAUCAUGGAUUUCAAUGCUGAUGCAGCCAAUGGAAUCGCCAUGGAGGGAUACCUUUAUAAGAGAGCUAGCAACGCUUUCAAGACCUGGAGCAGACGUUGGUUCUCGAUUCAAAAAAAUCAGCUGGUGUAUCAGAAGAAAUUUAAGGACCAGCCUACAGUCGUGGUGGAGGACUUGCGUCUUUGCACAGUCAAGCCCAGCAGUGAAAAUGAGAGACGAUUCUGCUUUGAAGUGGUCUCCCCGUCAAAGUGUUGUUUGUUACAGGCAGACUCAGAAAGGCAGCAGCAGGCGUGGAUAAGUGCCGUCCAAAACAGCAUCGCCUCAGCCUUUCAGGAGCACAGAGAGGACCCACACAGCCCAAGACAGCGCCUCAGCUCGGUGUCGGCGAGCAGUUUGGGAGGAGGGGGAGGAGUGGAUCAGGAGAACAAGGGCUGCAAGGCCCUGGAGGAGGUCGGGGCGAUCCCAGGGAACAAGCAGUGCUGCGACUGCGGGGAGCCCGGUCCUGAUUGGGCCUCCAUCAACCUGGGCAUCACGCUUUGCAUCACAUGCUCAGGAAUACACAGGAGCCUGGGAGUCCAUUUCUCCAAAGUACGCUCGCUCACUCUCGACUCCUGGGAGCCAGAGCUCAUUAAGUUGAUGUGUGAAUUAGGAAACACAGUAAUCAACAGGAUCUACGAGGCCCGGAUUGAUGAGAUCACCAUCAAGAAGCCCCACCCCUCCAGUCCCAGAGGAGACAAGGAGUCGUGGAUCCGAUCAAAGUACGUUGAAAAGAAGUUCAUCCAAAAGCUGCCCGGGACCGGCAACACCCUGCUGAGGCGAUCCAGCGGCAAAAGGAACCGAGCGGGCACGCAGGACCGGACCAUACAGCGGCCGCCGCUCAAACCCAAACCGAACCGAGCCACUCUGCCUCGGGUCACAGGGCUGAGCCCCAGUGACCUCGUCCAAAAGAACAAUACACACAAAGAUGUGGAAGAGGAUGAAGAGGAUCUGAGCGGCCUUCACCCUGGCGCGCUGCUGUACCGCUCAGCGGCCCUGCAGAACUUCCCUGUCAUGGCCGACGCUUUGGCUCACGGGGCCGACGUCAACUGGGUCAACGUGGCCGAGGAGUCCAGCACGCCGCUGAUACAGGCCGUCUCAGCGAAUGCCCUGGCAGCCUGUGAGUUCCUGCUACAGAACGGCGCUAACGUUAACCAGGCAGACAGCAACGGGAGAGGGCCGCUUCACCACGCCACCAUCCUGGGUCACACAGGGUUGGUUUGUCUCUUCUUGAAGAGAGGAGCAGACUACAACGCCAGAGACAAGAACCAGAAAGACCCCAUAACUAUUGCCGUGGACAAUGCCAACGCUGACAUCGUCACUUUGCUGCGGAUCGCCAAAAUGAACAAGGAGAUGCGGGAGAUGGACGGAGCGUUUGGCCAAUCAGGUUACUCGGGGGGGCAGGGAUCUGGAGGUUUAUUGGGUGGGACAGGAGGUGGGCGGGCCCAUGGCAGGAAGAGCCUCCAGUCUAUAAAGAACCACAUAAGUGGCUGGGCUCUGGGGGGGCAAAAUGAUUAGUGGGGAUAGAAAUCAGCCCAGGACAAGAGACAGGCAGUGAGACUGGAAUGAGCUUGUUUUUGGUCGUUAAGUAUCAAGUUGUUAAGUAUCAGAAAUCACUGGUUUUGCAAUAUCAUGUGGUGUUUAUCUGCAGUAUCUGCAGAGAAAGUGUCCUGGCCUUCCACACAUAUCAUCCAAGGAAACAUGUCAUCACAAAAAAAAGUGAAAUUGCCAUAAUUAAGAAAGCAUAAAAUCCAAUUCUUGUAAACCAAGAAAGAGCCAGAACACCGGGUACGACAGUCUCAAGGACAUAAGUGAGAGAGAACAUUUAUUGUAUCAGUGAAGACAGGUAAAUGCCUUGUAAAACAGAGAAGGGACAUUGUGAGAAAGUAACAGGAGUCCAUAUUGCACUUUGAAUUACAAACGCACAUCCUCCUGCACUUUGAGUGCUGCAUGUGAGUGUUUCCAAUGUUGUACAUCUGAGAUUUAAGGAAAUGUAUAUACACUAGACCUAAAUCAGGCCUAUUCUUUCUGAUAUUGUAUAUUGGGGAUAUUUUAUAUACAGGAUGUACAGUGUUCUGGCUUUAUAAGAGUUUUUUUAUUGUGCAUUUCCAUGUGUACUGAACUUUUUCAGUCAGUUAUGUAAGCUAAAUUCAAUGCCGGGUUUGGUUCUCAAGGACAGUUUUAUUCUGCUAUUCUGUGAAUAGUGACGCAGUUUGAAAUCUGUUAUAUAUUUGUAUUUAUCAGAAUUCCAAGAGCUCUGUGCUGCAGCUCUUGAGCUUAACAAGGGUUUUGUUUGCUUUUUGUCAUUUGGCUCCUUUUCAAGCUGCAAAGUCCAUUCUUUCAUGACUGUCCUUUAGUGGCUAUCAAAGCUUUUUUGUUAAGUUUCUUGUGUCAGCCGUAUUCCAUCACGGUUUCACUCAUAAAGGAAUGGAAACGUGAUGCUUUUGUCUGCUCGAAACGACUGCUGGUCAGUAUUUGACGUGCUGUGCUUUAUCACUGUGUGUGUCUUUGUUGUGUGCACUCAUGUGCCUUUGCCU